AUGACCCCAGCCGCGACAACAAGGGAAGAGAAGAGCAAGAAAAUUGAAAAGCCAUUUAACCUUAUCACCUACAAACUCCACGCGCUUCCGGACUAUCCGGACGCUAUCGUUCGUUUUGGGACCACGGAUUCGACCUCCACGCAGAAUGAUAUCGAAGUGCAUGAAGAGGAUCCUGCUCUGAAGGAUUUUGCACAUCGGCUCAAAUCCCAUCUUCGCGGCCGAAUUCUCAACAUGGAAAAUGGCGGCUAUGAUGUGCAGUUUAGCGACGAAGAACUCAUCAGUGUUGCAAUUCAAGGGGAUUUGCUCUACACUCACGCCACCAUGCGCGUCAAUUCCACAACCUAUGACGUCCAACGGGAUCAAGACGUUCUCAAUCCUCGGACACGCAAGUUCUUUAUCGUGCAUGCGCAAGACCCCGAGGAAGACUCUCACCCAUAUUGGUACGGAGAGUUGAUCGGCAUAUUCCACUGUUAUGCCUCCUUGGCCGACCGGCCAGCAAAGGCUCAAUGUAUGGAAUUCCUAUGGGUUCGGUGGUUCCAAAGGGACACGAAUUAUCGAUGUGGUCUGCAGGCGAAGCGUUGGCUGCGUCUCUGCUACAUGCCUCAUGGGAGUCCAGACGCUUUUGGCUUUAUUGACCCGCAGGAUGUUCUACGAGGAUCCCAUCUCAUUCCUGCAUUCCAUCACGGACGAACACGAGACUACCUCCCCAAAUCUGCACUUCUCCAGAGAAUCGAACACGAUGAAGAUUGGAGAUAUCAUUAUGCUAAUAUGGUUGUUGAUCGAGACAUGUUAAUGCGCUACCAUGUCGAUGUAAUUGGCCACCGGAAGGUUGCGCAGAAGUUUCAAGUUCAAGACGAAAGCCCUCAAGAGUCAGCGGCAGCAGUGGAAGAAGAUGCAGAGAUGGAGGUGGAUGAACCAGACCCCAUGGACAAGGGUGUUAUAAACGAGGAGGACGAGGAAGACGAGGAAGACGAGGAAGUAGGUGUGGAUGGGCGUAGUAGUAGUUCAGAGUCAGAGGAGGAGACCACUGAGGAGGAGAGUGACGAGGAUGACUCUCCACAGGGCGACGAGGCCGUCCGCAGCCGUCUGGGUUUUACAAGUAAUAAUUGA